AUGACCUCCGACGGCGCCUCGUCGAUUUCAGUUACCGUUCGAGUCCGACCAUUCACUAUCCGAGAAGCUGCUCAACUAACAAAAUGCGACGAUACAACGAUUUUCCUGGGGGAUGGUUCGCUGGCUGCUGCCCCAACUCCAAAGCUCUCUCAAAAGGGCCUGCGGUCCGUCAUCAAAGUCGUUGAUGAGAAGUGUUUAAUAUUUGAUCCACCCGAAGACAAUCCAGUCCAGAAAUUCUCACGAUCCGUCGUCCCCUCCGGCAAAAGAGUUAAAGACCAGACUUUUGGCUUCGAUCGAAUCUUUGACGAAAAUGCCUCCCAGGGCGAAGUUUACGAAGCCACCACAAGGCCGCUGCUGGAUAGCGUCCUGGAUGGAUAUAAUGCAACGGUCUUCGCAUAUGGCGCAACGGGCUGUGGAAAGACUCACACGAUCACGGGCACCGCCCAAGAACCGGGCAUCAUCUUCUCGGCUAUGAAAGAGCUGUUCGAGAGGGUCCAAGAGCAGUCAAACGAGAAGAUUACAGAGAUAUCGUUAUCAUACCUUGAAAUCUACAACGAAACCAUCCGUGAUCUGCUCGUCCCCAGCACCGCGAAAGGCGGGCUGAUGUUGAGAGAGGAUUCAAACCAAGCCGUCUCAGUGGCAGGCCUCUCGAGCCACCACCCCCAAAGUGUCGAAGAGGUCAUGGAGAUGAUUGUGAGAGGGAAUGAAAUGCGGACAAUGUCACCCACAGAAGCCAACGCAACUUCGUCCCGUUCACAUGCUGUGUUGCAGAUCAAUGUUGCCCAGAAAGACAGAAACGCUGGCGUCGAGGAGCCCCACACGAUGGCCACGUUGAGCAUAAUCGAUCUUGCUGGCAGCGAGCGUGCAAGUGCCACCAAGAAUCGAGGCGAACGGUUGCUUGAGGGUGCCAACAUCAACAAGUCCCUCCUGGCACUAGGCAGUUGUAUCAAUGCCCUCUGCGACCCCCGCAAACGCAAUCACGUACCCUACAGAAACUCGAAACUCACGCGUCUACUCAAAUUCUCUUUGGGCGGCAACUGCAAGACUGUAAUGAUCGUCUGCGUCAGUCCGUCAAGUGCGCACUUCGACGAAACGCAAAACACCCUCCGAUAUGCCAACCGCGCGAAGAACAUCCAGACAAAGGUCACCAGAAAUGUGUACAACGUUAAUCGUCAUGUCAAAGAUUACUUGGUCAAGAUUGAUGAACAGAUGGCGCAGAUCAACGAACUCAAAGCUCAACUGAAGGACGCCGAGACCUUUGCUUUUGCCAAGUUCAAAAAGCAAAACGAGAAGAAGGAAAAUAUUGCUCGAGAAGGAGUGCAAAGAAUCAAAGCCGCAUACGAAAAUUCUGGGCUGGAGAGACAAGAACGGACCAACAACAUGAUCAAACUGAAGCAAAUUGGCCGAAGAAUUGCAAUGCUGUCUUCUUGGAUCUCUGCCUUCGAUGCAGUCUGUGACAACCUAGAAGAAGACGAUCUCAUGAGGAACAUGCAGGCUGUGAAGAAGACCGCUCAAGGCAUUAUGAUGGAACUGGAGAGCGGCCGUCAUCACUGCCAACAGAAGGUUCUCAAGAGCAGCUGGGAUCGUCCCAUGAAUACGGCAUUGGAGCAUAGCUUGAAACAACUGAAGGAAGUGGACACCGGCGACAUGAUUGACUCUGAGAUGCUUCGGCGCGAAGUGGAGAUGCUCAAGCUGAAUGCUGAGCGGGAAUCUUUUGCAGCCUUGGCCGAGCAAGACAAGAAUGGGGACGCACCCACGAUUCAGGUUCUCCUACGAGCCCACUUUGAGACCAUCGCUGCCAUUGAAAGCUUGAACCGCAUGAGCGUGGAGGAGGCAGUCGAAGCUGCCACUCAAAUUUUGGGGAAGAUGAUCAACUCUGCGUCAAGCGCAGCAUCGUAUGUCGUCAAACCAGAUGGAAGUCUCGCUCCCGUUGAGGCAUUCGCACCAACCAAAGCAGGCACUCCCAAACGACGUAAACAGAGUGUGAACAACUCGAUUCUGGAAGGAAGUCCUGUGAGAGCGAAGCCCCCAAUGAUGAUGGCGAAUCACCUCACGGUAUCUCCAGCCAGACCCUCGCCUAGACGUCGUGGUCUGCUGGGAAGCGCAAAGAAGGGCGUCCAGGUGAACUUUACCCCGAAGAAGAGGAAGGGCCCGCUCAAGGGCGUCAAACGAGUCGUGCGGUGGAAAGACGACAUUGAGGAUGGCACACUUGCGGAGUUUGAGAAGACGCCACAGAAAUUUCCUUCGUCGGACGAAUCGACCACUGAAAUCUCCAUCCCCCAGGUGUCAGACCUGACCUCGUCCUUCUCGAAAUUGCAAACACAAUCUCCUGGUUCCUCGCCCAUUCCUCCUCCGCCAGAGGCUACUCUCAACUUCCAACCGAAGAAUAGUCGUUUCCAAGCCGGAUUUCUCUCCAAAAAGUACGAUGGUUCGCCACUCGUCUCAAGCAUGAUGCCUCCGAAGAUGACACCACUCUCGUCAUCAGACAGCGAGGACUCACCACUAAGAGAGAUCGAUGCAAGCAAAGCGUCGAACCGCCGAUCCUUCAUCCCCAUGCAGCAAAGUAAAGACACAGCAGAUAUGUGCGGCGACGCCGGCCCAAACUCCUCGACGACAAACUCCGACAGCGAAAACCACAACAGCACCGCCUCUGACAAGGAAGACGUGCUCAAGAUUCGCGAGGCAGUGAAACGCUCCUCGUCUCUCCGCCGUUCGGGCAUCCAUGGUUCUCGGACUCAACGACGCCGAUCGCCGACGGCAGCGACGGCAGCAGGCGCCGGUUCUCCCACCAGCGAGUCGAUGUUUGGUGCCAGCCAUGUUAGGAGAAUGGUCCACGGCACAAGGAACGAGCUUUUGAAGGAGAACGACGCCGGGUCUUGGAAAGUUGGCGUACUUAGUCCCCGCGUCCAAGGGAUUGUUAGUCACGGGAAGAGUUCUUUGGGGGCGUAUUCGAAUCCCAUGCGGCGAACGACGAUGAGUGGCAUGGAUGUGCGUGGAGGGGCCAACAGUGCUAGUGGUGGUCCUGAGCGAGCGGGAGGAGUGAGGCUCUCUUCCAUUACGGCUGGAUCAAGUGGGCAUGGACACUCCGCCAGCAGAGGGAGUUUGAUGCCCUCUGGGAAAGCGGUGUGGCGUUGA